ACAUAACAGUGAAAAUGUCUGGAAUUAACCGUCCGAUGAGCCAGAUGCGGAAAUUUGAAACGAAGGAAGCGAUAUUCCGCGCGCGCAAGAGGAUCCUGCGCUACCUCAUUCUGGGCUUCCUAAAACAAGAGGGUCUGAUGCGUUCCGCGGAGACCCUGGUCUCCGAAGCCGCCCUCACCAAUGAGUAUGAGCUCUGCGAUAAUAUCGACUUGGAUAUUAUUUUACAGGAUUACUGCAGCUACUACCUCAUGCGAUUCAACAAGCAGCCCCAAUUCUGCCGCAAGGUGGACGAGGGGCCGGUGAAGCGGCCGCAGACGCGCAGGGCGAAGCCACAACACGCGGUAUCGAAGCCCGAGGUCGUGGAACCUGAGUGUGAUGACUUGCCGGCCAGUUUCACUGUCACUCAGCUGUUACAGAAUUCAGAAAACAUUGAAAGCAAAAUACCAGCCAUAGAAAGAAAGCCCCUCAAUGGUUUCCUGGCUACUUUAUCGAGUGAUAAGAAGCAGUUGGUGGAGAUAUUGUACCAGGACAUCAUACGGCCGUCAGACGUGUGCUGGGAUGAUGUCAAGGGACUGACGAACGCGAAGAGUAUACUUAUGGAGUCUGUGGUGUACCCGGUUAGGUACCCGCACAUGUUUACCGGCUUACUCGAGCCGUGGCGUGGGGUACUUCUACAUGGUCCUCCAGGCACAGGAAAAACGAUGCUCGCCAGAGCUGUAGCUGCUGAAAGUGGGUGUACAUUCUUCAAUGUCACCUGCAGUACUGUUGUAAAUAAGUGGAGGGGGGAGUCAGAGAAGAUUGUAAAGGUCCUCUUCGACUUGGCCUCUUACUACUCCCCGUCCAUCAUCUUCAUAGACGAAGUGGAAACAUUAGCCUCAGAGAGAUCUUCUGCGGGGGAACAUGAGGCUUCGAGAAGGUUGAAGUCACAGCUUCUAACUGAGUUGGAUGGGAUUAACGUGAGGGACGGGAUUGUGUUCCUAUUGGCUAAUUCUAAUAUGCCGUGGGAGAUAGACUCAGCCAUGCUCCGUCGUCUCGAAAAACGCAUCCACAUACCACUACCAGACACUAAAACACGAUCAGAACUAUUCGCAGCUCACUUCACGCGUAACAUCGAGUUGGAACAAUCAGUUGAUUGUAACAAAUUAGCCGCCAUGACGGACGGGUACUCGGGGAGUGACGUGAAGUUGGUGUGCAAGGAGGCGCUCAUGGCGGGUGUGAGGAAGAUGCUCAGUGGCGGGAGUGCAAGAACAAGCAGAAAGGAUAAGCUGCGUUUAUCCGACAUUUUAUCAGCUAUAGAGAGGACCAAACCGGUGUCGAAGAAUUUAGACCAGAGGCACGCCGAAUGGCAGAAGAGUAUGGGUUCCGCAUGAAUUAUAAUUUAUAAUGUAUUUUACUAUGAAAUAAAUGUUUUCUUGAUUU